AAAAUCAAACAGCUGAAUUCGUUCUUCCACUUCUCCUCAGCUGCUUGCUUUACUUUCGCGCAGUUCCUUCUUCUACUUCUUCUUCUUCUUCUCCUUCUCCUUCUCUUCCAUAAGAGAGAGUUUCCUCUGCAUAAAUUUCUCAAAGUUCUGCACUUUUGCUCGCAACUUCAAUCUCCACGCUCGAGAAUUUCUCUUAAGUUGACGGCGGAACAUCCCCUGUGGGCGAAUCUUGGAGGCGGAGCCGCUUCCUGAAUCAGUUGCGGAGCCAGCCGGGUCUGUCACUGGCCCCGUCCCUCUGCCGUUGGUCUCGAUUUCGAGCUUCAGGGGAUUGAGGGAAAUCACCUCAGAUUCCUCCAUGGCGUCGAAGAAGGCGUCUGAGGGCAUCGCCCUGCUCUCCAUGUACAACGACGAAGAGGACGAGGAGAUGGAAGACGUCAAGGACGGAGGCAAUCCUCAGACGGAAGACGAACAGGGAGAGAAGGAGCCCCGGCAGGGGGAAGACGAAUACAUGGAGUCUAGCUAUAGGGAGGACGAAAUUAGGGUUACUCCGCACUCUUCUGAUCAUCAACAAGAUCAACCUCAGCUGGAUACCCCUAAUCAAGAUUCUAUUGACUCAGGAGCUUCAGAAGCUAAGGAUACUGCUGAGGUCUCAAAGGAUGUUGACCCUUUGGAUAAAUUCAUCCCCCCACCACCAACGACAAAGUGUUCUGAAGAGCUUCAAGAAAGGGUAAGAAAAUUUAUUGCAUAUAAAAGAGCUGGAAAAAGUUUCAAUUCCGAAGUGCGAAACAGGAAGGACUACCGAAACCCGGACUUCUUGCUGCAUGCAGUGAGAUAUCAGGAUAUCGAUCAGACUGGAUCUUGCUUUAGCAAGGAUGUGUUUGACCCCCAUGGUUAUGAUCCAAGCGACUACUAUGAUGAGAUAGAGAUUGACAUGAAGCGUGAAGCAGAGAGGAAGGAGCUCGAGAAGAAAAAGAGUCAGCAGGUCGAAUUUGUUUCUGGUGGAGCUCAAAUUACAAAUCUUGCUGCUGCACCUAAGAUCAACUUGCCUGUUCCAGUUCCAAAUGUCAAUGUUACUGUUGCUUUGAGGUCUGCAUCGGCUGCGCCCGAUGCUGUUCCCAGGGAGGGUAGACAGAAUAAAAAAUCAAAAUGGGAUAAGGUGGACACUGGAGGUCAGGAUGCUCUAUCCAAUAUAGGGGCCCAUGCAGCACUUCUAUCUGCUUCUAAUGCUGGUUCUGGAUAUCCAGCUUUCGUCAGUCAGCAGCGGAGGCGAGCAGUAGAGGAGAAGAGAUCCGGGGAAAGAAAAUUGGAUAAGAGAACGUGAGGUCUCCUCAUCCCUGGUUGGCUGGGCAGCUGCUAUACUAGUGCGGAUAAAGAUUCAAGGUGGAUUGAAAUUGUGUUUUUGCCCUUGACAUGAGUGUGGAAUUGUAGUAAACGGCUGGUUCCCCCCUAGAUUGUACCAUCUCAACGGAACAGAAAGCUUCCGAUUAGAUUCGAGAAAGUCUCUACUGAAACAUCUUCCAUAGAAGCGCCUGCAUCUUGCAACGGCAGUAGUUCCGGUAUUCUCCACUUAUUGAAUUGUUAUUGAACUUGUCCUCUUUUUUUUCCUUGUAAUGUCGAAAGCGGUUUUGUUGCAGGCGGGGCCGUUGAGAAGAAUUUUCUUAGAGAUAAUGUUCAUAUAAUUUUUGUUACUUUA